CUCAAGCAAACGGACUGAGAAGAGUGCGACAAGAGGCCAGAGUUGAGAAGUGUGCACAACUCAGUGGGACUCUGAAUGGUGGAAGCGAAAGGUGCACAUAGAUAGCAACACAACGGGAAAAACGUUCUUGCAUUCCUUGCAUCCCUUUUCAAAACAUUCUUGUUUUUGUUUUUUUUUUUAAGGUUUUGUGGAGGAAAGCACACUGGACUGGAUGUAAAACAUUGAUGAAUCUGGUGCAUCCCGAGGACACCACCCGUCGAACAACAUGAACGGCUCUUCCGACUCAUCUCUGCAGUCCAUAGUGUCGCUCAAUACCACUCCUAGUCACAGUUCUGCAUUCUCACUCUCAGCCACGUUUCCUCAAACAUCCGCCAUUCCGAUCCUCUCCACGAUCCCUCCGAAGCCGGCUGCGUGCUCCUUUGACGACGCAGCACUUCACCUGCUGCUACCCAUUUUCUAUUCCAUGUUGUUCCUCCUUGGCCUAGUGGGUAACCUCUUUGCUUUGUGGGUCUUCCUUUUCAUUCACAACAGGCGCAACUCUGUGCGUGUGUUUCUCAUCAACUGUGCAGUGGCAGACCUGGUCCUCCUGGCUUGUCUACCCUUCCGGAUUUUCUACCACAUGAAUGGAAACCGCUGGCUACUGGGACAUGUGGCCUGCAAGCUGGUGGGGAACCUGUUCUACAUGAACAUGUAUAUUAGCAUUAUACUACUGGGGCUUAUCAGCCUGGACCGCUACUUGAGGUUCCAGGGGAAGGGCAGAAUGAGGAGAGGCUCGAGGACGAGACUAACGGGGUACAGAUGGCCGUGGAGUUGGUUGGCAUGCGGAGCGCUGUGGGUCGUGUCACUAGUGGCGCUGGUCGCGAUGAUUGCUACAGCGGAGGACAAAGAGGACAAUGACAAAUGCUUCCAAUUCAAGCCACGGAAUCUCGCUAGAGGGAAAGCCUACUUCAAUAUCGUGUUGGUGGCAUUGUUCUGGCUCGUAUUCCUCAUGCUCGUAGCGUCCUACGCAAAGAUCGCACACCGGUUAAUAAAGGUGUCCCGCGACAAGCCGGAACUCCCCAAUGCACAAAGAUACGAACGUACUGCAAAGAAAUCCUUCUUUGUCCUCUUCCUGUUCACUCUUUGCUUCGCUCCUUACCAUACCUUCCGGCCCUUCUACAUUCUAUCACAGCUUAAUACCACAAUGUCCUGUGACAAGUUGCAACUGGUAGACAGCAUCAACGAGGUCAUGCUGUUAUUCUCAGCUUUCAACAGCUGUUUGGAUCCUGUUAUGUACUUUCUUUUGUCUGGCUCAGUGCGUAAAACUGCUCUCCACACCCUUAAACACCAACUUGGCAGCCGGAUUUCCUAUCUCAACGAGGCCACGUCCAACAGCUCAACAACAGAGUUCCGAAGGCCUUCAGUACCUUUGACUUUACCGAGUGUAGACUGAGUUGUGGCCCACAAUAUGAACGCAUCAGUCAACUGAUGAUUUUGACUAAUCUUUCAAGGCACACAGAAUAUUGUGUUCUAUGGCUAUAUAAAUAUGGAACUACCAAAAGAAAGAAUAGACUCCUGUCUUUCAUUAGAAAAAAAAAGUUUGUUUCUACCUUUUUCUGUUCUUUAGUAAUCAGCAGUAGAACGUAGGUAAGUUUCAGGAAAAUAUCAGUUCCCGACUAAAAAAAUAACAAUUUAUUUACAAAUAUAACACCAUGAACUAUUUACUAUUUUCACAUUUGGAACUGAACUAUGAGUGUGCAUUUGUGGGCACGCGCUAAAAUUUCCCUCCAAUCCGUAACCUUCUGCACAUUACACUCCUCCACGCUCUCUCACUUCCUCCUUCCUGUCAUGUGUGAUUCUGCCAUUGACAUGAUCCCUGCAGAGCUCUCAUCAAAUGCACUUCUGCUACCUUGUGGCCGUUUUUGUGGUUUAAGAGUGCUCUGAAAUGUUAAUGCAUUAGUCGAGGGUUGCAUCAUCAACUCUUUUUGCCUCUCGCGCAAAAAACUGUAAAAGACUUAUACAUACGAUGUUGGGAUCGGGUGUUCGGGAUUAUAAAAAUGUAUAAAAACAUCUUUGGCUUGAAUGAGUUAAUAUACUGUACAUGUGCUGACAAAUUCAAGUGUUCUUGUUAAGCUGAGAAACCAACCGUACUGUACACCAUCGUUGUAGUGGUCAAGUGUCUGCUGUGUCAAUCAAUAAACAUUCUGGACUGCUGUG